GUUCUUACUUCUUAUUUCUUGAAACUUUUCCCUAAUAUGUUGCCUUCUACCUUUCAAGACAAAAUGAAAGAACGUGUUUUGGUUCAUAACUUCAUAUCCUCUUCUAAACAUCAAUCUAUCAACUUCAUAUCUUGAUUUGAUUUUGUUUGUAGGAAACAUUGAAAAGGAGGUUAAAUACAAGAAUAGAAUAUGCAAAGUUUCUUCAAGAUACUAUUAAAGAGAUGGCUAAAGAGGUCCAAAAUAUUCAAAGUGGAGAAAUCAAGAAAACAGCAGUAGAAGAUCUUGAUGAGUUUUUCAGCAAGGUCAGAAAUUUUGGUGCUUUUUGAAAUAUGCUUUUUGGUGCUUCCGUUGCUAAUAAUAAAAUUUUGGGAUUUGCAAAGUUGUUCAAUAACGAAAUUACCCUCCAUAAUAUCAGCAGGCCUCGAUUAGUGAAUAUGUACAAAUAUAUGGGAAUCCAACCUUUUGGAAAAAAUGCUUACCUUCGUUACAUGCUCAAAAAAAGACUUCAAUGGAUUAAGAAUGAUGUCGAUGCUAUUUCUGAAGAUGAACUUCGUGAAGAUUUCUGUUGCAUCUUCACUCAUAAUUCUUUCAAGCAAGAAGAAAACGUGAAUCACCACCAUCAUCACAUUUUUAGCCAAACUAAACCACCACCCUUUACUCCCCCUUAAACCAAAAUGAAAUAAGAAAAAGAACGAACAGAACUUAUACGUGUUUGAUGGUUGCAACGACAGUUGCUGGUUAUUGAGGUG